AUGACUUCCUCACGAUACUCGCGGCUCAAUCCUCGGAUAGCCAACACUGGGUUGGCCGGGCAGCUCCCUCCCGAAGAGCCCAUUCAAUUCUCCAACACGAUUAACCCUCGGCCAUCUGAACCAUUGCCCUCACAAAGCAGUAAUGGUAGCCUCAGCUCAAUUCUGAAUAAAGCUGCCAAAGGGACUGUCACAGACAGUCAAGCCUACGCUGGAUCUGAGGGAAACCUCUCCCGUCCGCCUGCUCAGCGCCAACGAACAAGGAGCUCGCUAUUCAGGGCUGCGUCGUCCGUCUGGUCUUACUCGAGAAAGGCAGUCUCGCACUUCAGUGUCCCGAAAGUCGCUGCUCCUUGGGAACAUGAAUUUUCCGAGAAAUCUGGGACAGCGCCGCCGCCGUCAGACACUGUACGAUACUUUGACCCUCGUCGGCAGCGCAGGAGGCUGUUUGUCAACAGCAGUUUUCAAUGGCUCAUGACCGCCAUUAUCUGCGCAGGCCUUGCUGCCAUACUUUACGGGUUUACAACUUUCAACACGGGCGUUACUUCGACGACGAAGCAUGUCUUCAACGCCUUAGUUACUGGUCUAUCCAUCUGUCUAGGUCUCAGCCUUGCUUCGUCUCUAAAAUGUUUCGCUCAAAUGAUGCGGUGGAGGUUCCUGGCUUCCAGCUACCGGUCUCUCCAGGACUUUGAACUUGUCAUGAAUUGCGACAGCCAAACCCAGACGCUCCGUCUCCUUUGGGCAGGUCGAACGCCAAAUCAGUGGUACCCGAACAAAACCCAAGUGAUGGCUUUCCUUUACAUCACGGUCAACCUUGCUCUGCAGGUCUUUACUGCCCUUCUCGGUCUUACUUACUCUAUAGAUAUCUCGUCUGAGUUAGUGCGAUUGACGUAUGGAAAUGUCAGCAUCGUCGACUUAUCCUACAUCGGGAACGCCGCCACACAGGAUCUAUUCGGAGACGACCUUAGCAGCUCCACGGCUCAGUUUGCGCAAUUCUCAACAUCCAACACGUGGGGAAUAACAGGUCAAGACUACCCGGUCUUCUUCGACUCUUUUGACGAAGAUGGCACGGGCUUUACGCAAGCUGUUUAUAGAAACGAGGAAUUUACCGCAUACUGGUACCGCUUUGUCGACCAGUCUCCGCUUGCUAACUCCUUGAACACCGUCACCGAUCGCACUGUCAAUUGUACAGCGGAAUGCCAAGAACACAAGGUGGUCGCAGGCGGCUAUGCAGGCUUCGACUCCGACGACAUCGACACAAUGUGGGACGUGACGUGGGUUGACGACGACGGGUACAACAACACGUGGACCAUCAACGACGUCGCGACCGGCGCAACGACAUGGUUGGCCAAUAUGACGUCCUGCGGCGACCGGUGCACCCAAGUCUACGCGCUCCAGAGCGCCGACAACAACACAGACGACGUGCCGGUGCCGCGUUUCUUCAGCUGCAAGUCGUACGUCUCGCAGGUCUCGAACGUCGACGAGUACGUCGACCCGGCCAAGUACGAGCUCCCCGACGUCCAGUCCCAGUACCUCGCGGGCGCCAUCGGCUGGUCCGGGGUGCAGAUCGAGAAUACGGACGGCUCACUCGCCAGCGACCUGCAGAUGGUCGUGUACCCUGCGGAUUCCAUCUGGAGUCCGCCCGGGAACUACACCGAGCUCGGCAUGGCGGACCUGGUCAUGCGAUUCACCGCGGGCGCGAUCGCGGCCAUGGACUCCGGCGCGCCCAGGCUGAACGUCACGGGCUACGGGCCGGCGCCCGCGCAGUUUCUGAACGUCAAGUGGAAGUACGCCGGCGCCAUCCUCGGCGGCAUCCCCGUGGCGCAGUUCGUGAUCCUAUGCGCCGUCGUGGGGUUUGCGAACAAGGCCGUCAUCAAGGACACGAGCCACCUCUCCACCGCCAGGCUGCUGCGGCCCGUCGUCGACCGCCUGGGCGACGCCGGCUGUCUCUUGACCGGCGACGAGAUCGCCGAGAAGCUCGGCAACUACAGACUCAUCUACGGCGUCAGAAACUCCGGCGGCGCCAUGCCUCCGAGCGGCGCCGCCGACGACGGGGAGAUACUGCACAUCGACGUGGUCGACGAGAGCGAAGGCCUGGGCUACAGGAGGGGGCCCAUGCCCCCCGGACGAUACAACGGGCUGUCGUCCCCGGAGGAGAGGGUGCCACUGCUGCAACGACGGGACAACACCGAGCGGGCGACCGAGGUGCGGGCACGGAGGUCGACUUUGGGUGCGAGGGCAAGGAGGAUGAGCCUUUGA